CUGUUUUAAUGAUACAUCACGUGACUGUUGGAUAGCCGGCGAAGUGUCACACGUGUGUAUAUUAUUACUUUGGAGUUGGACUUGUGUUUACAUAAAGUUUUUAAAACGUUGGCUUAUAUAUCUAGUUUCGUAUUUAAUUAUUGUAAUUAAUUGAAUAUUUCCCCUCUGGGACAACGUUUGCAAACAGUUAUGGGCAUUAAAGAUUUCCAAGAAUUCCUGGAAACUGAAUGUGCAAGCGCUUGUGUUUCAGUUGACUUGUUAAAGAUAGCACGAACAUUUGUUCCUAAAAGACGACCUAUUGCAAGAGUAGGUCAGGUAGGAACUAGCGGAAGAUUUUGUGUUGUUGUUGAUGCCGAAAGCUGUUUGGAUAGGUUGUAUGGUGGAUACUUUUCUGACUGGGUUUGCGGAGGUCAGUGGAAUCGCAUGACUUCCUUUCUUGCCAACUUAGUGCAAGCAUGCCACGGUGCAAACAUGGAAUUGGUUGUUUUUUUCAAUGGAGCCUUAGAGAAUCAAAAAAUUAAUGAGUGGAUGUCACAACAACUUUCACAGCGUGAUAAGGUUAGAUAUGUACUUAGACACAUAGCAAAUAAAGGUACACCACCUCCUAAGGUAUGGUGGAAUCAACCUGUGUAUUUAAAAGAAGCACUCAAAAUGGCAUUAAGACAACUUGGUGUGACAAUUGCCUGUUCAAUGGAAGAUCAUCACCAAGAAGUAAUAAGAUUUUGUAGAGAACAUAGCCUCCAGGGUAUUAUUGCUCAAGAAUCCAUCUAUACAAUAUUUGAUCCACCUAGAUACUUCUCAUCAAACAAUCUUAAACUGACUUACAAAGGAUCAUUAGAGACUAAAGAAUACAUAAUGGAUGAAAUAGCAAAAUGUAUGAAUUUAAACCCUAACAGGUUUUGCAUAUUCGCUGCUCUUUUAGGCAAUCACAUUUUGACAGAUGAAGAUCUUGUUUCAUUUAGAGAAUUAAUGCCCACCUCAGAUACUGGCAAGCCCAGGAGAAAUAGAGAAAAGGUGGAUUCUGAUCUGAUUAAAGCAACUUGUGAUUAUGUACGGAACCUUCCAGCUGUUGAUAACCUUGAUGUUGUUGGGGGAGAUGUAUUCAAAUUAGCAAAAGCCAACAAAUCAGAUUUAAUAGAAAGAUUUAAACAGAGUGUGCAGUAUUUUGUUACAGGAACACAGGAUGGCUUUUACAAACGCUUUCAACAACCAAGAGUUUGUUUACCUGCUGUUGUAGGCUAUGGGAACACUCCAGUUGUGUCACAAGUCCCAGGAUGCUUGGAAUCCAGAGCUCAGGGAAAUGCUAUGGGUGAUUCUCAACUUAAGCAAAGCCUUGGAUUACCUCAAGUAACAAAUGAAAUUCUUCGUGUUGCAGUGGAUAGACAUCAAAAAGGUUUAAUGCAUCCUCAUGUAUACCAAGUUUUAACUCAGGGAGAGGUUAAACUUCCAGUUGUUUUAGAGGAUGACACAACCCGUGAAUUACCAUCUUAUAUUGACCUGUACAGGCCUUUGAGGCAGACCAUUUAUUCAGUACUGCUUAAUCUAAAUAAACAAAAAAUAGUCUUCGAGAUUCAAAAUAAGGAUAAAAUUAAUACUUCUCAACCAGACUUUUCUGCACAAGUAAAAGAGUGGGUUGUUCGCAGAGGGUCUGGUCGUCCUACUUAUGAAGUAGUAACAGCAAGACCUGUGGAAUGGAAAACCCCCAGUGUACAACGGAUGUGGCUGGGUCAGCAGGAUGGCGAUAAAGAUCGUAGACUAAGAGCUUUUCUAACAAUUAUGAUGAGUGACACUAGUCUGAUGUUAAAUACAAAUUAUGUUCCUCAACAUCUACUUGUUUUGUGUUCGGUUUUAAGAUACAUGAUGCAGUAUGGACGUAUAUUACAAAGACAAGAGCUAGAUGCUUUUUUAGCAAUGGCAGUCUCUCCACUUUUACAUGAUGUACAGACAAUGCAAGAUCUAAAGCUUCCAAAUAUCAUUCCUCGAGGAAGUCAGCUUGCUUCAUUGUUUAUGUCUGGAAUAGAGACAGCAAGUAUGGCUAAUGAUGUUUGUGGUGCUCCUAUCCCUUGGACAAUGAUGUGUCCCUGGCUUUAUAUGGAUGGAAAACUAUUUCAUUUCAAACUUUUAAAGGCUAAUAACAAUACUCCACUAAUUGAUAUAUGUGAUGGCCAGAUGGAACAGGUUUUGAGAGUUGAACGUAUGAGACAGGCUAUCAUGGAAAAUUUAAGAGUUGAUUUUGCUAAACCGCUUUUGCCUGGAUUUUACUAUCCAUAUCCUGGUCAGCCUUACACUGGCUCAACAUUACCUUAUGGACCAACUGCAUCAACUAGGGGAAGAGGAGCUGUAAUUACUAAUUCCAGUAGUCGUCAAACUGGAAGAGGUCGUGGGAUUCUAGGUAAUUAUGGGAGAUCACCUAUUGAAGCACAAGGUGGGCAACUUGAAAUAGCUGGGGUUGUUGUUGGUCAAUGGGGACCUAAUAUGUCAGGGCGCAGAGGACGCGGUGGUCAGAUUCCACCACAAGUAAUGUCAGUUGGACAAAGGGAAAGAGGAUUGUACAGUGGCAGAGGUUCCUUUCUUCAGCCUAGAGGAGGAUUAAUUAGAGGGAGACUCACCACUCCUAUGUACAGUGGCAGAGGAACUUACCGUCCUGCUUAUUUUAGUAGAGGUAGAGGGUCUCCUGCCAAACGACCAGUAAGAAUUGUAGCACGGCCAGGUAGAGGAAGAACAGUAAAGUCUGCAUCUACUAAAGGAAGAGGAGUAACUGUUGAUGUAUCUUCUACAAUGAGAUCAAAGUUGAGUGGUCAAGAUUUUGAAGAUUUGGAUGAAGAAAUAAAUGGAGGAUACAGUGGCGCAUCUGAUGAAGAUGAUGAUAUUGGAACUGCUACUGUCAGUAUCAAAGGUUAACCUCAGAUCUUGUCUUGUUUGAUAUUUAGAAUAUUGAACAUAAAUGUAAUAGUAUUAAUUAUUGCAAUUGAAUGGUUGGUUUCAGAAUUUUUGUUAUUUGAUAAAAAAGUUUCUGUAAAUUAUGUUAAAGAUUAAAUAACAUUAAAGCUUUCCUGUACAAACUUGACUUUUAUUUAGAUUAUGCACAAUAAUUUCUUUGUAUUAAAAUUACAUUUAGUAGCAUGAAUGGUUUGUCUAAACAUACGAGUCUAAACAUAUUUUUGUUUUGAAUAUUGUGAAGUGUUUUUAAAUUAUUGAAAGUAACAUGCAUUUUUUAUACAACUCCUGACUAUACUUUUUUAUAAUAAUGAUUUGCCAAAAGGGAUAUUAUAAUGAAAUGUGACUUUAUACAAUUCACAAAUGUAUUGUGUAUUUUUUUUUAAUUGUGUGGAUUUGUUAAAUAAAUAUUAACUUAUUAAAAACAAUUGAAUGUAAGCUCCAAUUUAGAAAAAAAAACAAUUUAAAAAAAAUAAUAAUGCUACUUUUGGUGUAAUUGGAUUAGUAUUGGAAGAACUUAAGAAAUUUUAAGUUUUAUUUUGUAAAUUUCUUUAUAGAAAAAUACUAAAAUUAUUUUAAUUCUUGUCCAAACUGUUACAAGAGUAAAUCUAGUUAUUUUUAUAUAAUCUGUUCAACAGUAUUUAAUUAAUCUAGUUUGUGUAAUUAUGUAAUAUAGUUGCUGCUGCAAUGUGAAAUUAUCCACACAAAGGUUUUAAAUAAAUUAUUGUACUUUUACUCCUGUUUGUGUGUAUUGUAUUUUUGGUUUGAUUCACACUACUCUCAGGUGCUUGUAAAUUGAACAGAUAACCUAAAACUCGGUAUUGCUUGUUUUUUACCAUAUUAAUGUAUGAACUCUGUAGUUUUUUCUUUUCUCAUGAGUAAAACCAUCCUUUUUGUAACUGAUUUAGAGUAACAGUUAAAUUUAGGGGUAAUCAAACUAUUUUUUUAAAUCCUCAUUUAAGUUUCUAACAAGCAUUAAGAAAAAGUAUAUUUAACAGAGCUCUUGUUUAUUGUAAAACUAAUAGUUAUUAAGGGCAUAGGCGGUGAUGAAAACCAAAAGAACCAAAAUGCUUAUUUCUAAACUAAAAGCUAUAACAUAGCAUAUAGUUAUAACUCAGUAUAAAAAUUAUAGAAUGGCCAAAAAUUUCAUGGUGAUGGCAUCCAUCUUGGAUUUUAUUUACCUUUUUAACAUCAAAAUAACUCAGAGAUGGCUUAUGCAAAUCCAAUAAAAACUUGCAGGAUUAUAGAGAUGCAUGUUGGUAACAAUUGUGAUAGAUUACAUUUUCUAAGUUUAAACUACUUUUGUUUUUAUUAUUUUUAUUCUGAAAAUAACUUUUAAAAAAAAUUGAAAUUUGUGCAAAAAAUACACCACUUUAACUAUAAACUAUAAAAGAAAAAUCGUACAAAUUUUCAAAAAUUUGUUUUAUUAGUUUUGUUGGUAGAUCUAUAUGUAUACAGAAUAACUAGAGAAAAUUUUGAUCAAUUUUAAUAAUAAUUAAGAAAGUUAUUUCAAUGUUGUAAUUGUAAAAAAAAAAAAAUCCAAAAUGACCACCAUGGCUAUGGCAGGAUAUAUUGGUCCAUUUUUUACAUUUUUAGACUUAACUCUUUGAGUUAUAUCUAAAUGAUAGAUAUAAUAGCAUUAGGUUUAUAAAUAAGCAUUUUGGCUAAUCUGGUAUUCAUCACCAGUCCAUGCCAUAGAGAAAUAUUUUUAAAAGUAAAUGUUUUGACAUUCUGCUUUUUGUAUCUUUUUCAUGUGUGAAAAAAAAGUUUAUAACUUUGAUCACUAUUCGUUAUUUUCAUAGACAUAUUUUUAAAACUUUACAGAGGAAAUGUUUUGUACAUUUUCAUGUUUUGUAUAAUUAUAGAUAUUGUUAGUUUUGUAUAAAAAAAUUGCUUAUAAAUGCAUUUGCAUGCUAAUGAUAGAUAAUUGGUAAAGGCAAAAACCUUUCCCAAUAAACUUCCAUAUCACAUGUAAUUAUUUAAAUUUACUUAUUUUCAUUGUUAUGCAUUAGAAAAUGUUUGUUUCAAAUAAAAAAUUAAACAUGAAUGAUUAA